AUGAACAAGUCUUUGUUCUUGAGUAUUGUGCAUCGUCUCUCUACAGAAGUAGAGUAUUUUCGACCUACACAAGAUGCAGUCGGUAGGUCGAGUCUAUCUCCCCUCCAAAAAUGUACCGCAGCUAUUCGUCAAUUGGCGUAUGGUGGUGGAGCUGAUACAGUUGACGAAUAUGUACGACUUGGUGAAACAACAGCUGCUAAAUGUUUGCACCAUUUUACCGCCGCAAUAAUCCACUUGUUUGGCGAUCAAUACCUCAGACAACCCACACCGGAGGAUCUUCAAAGACUACUCCAAAUUGGUGAAGAACGUGGAUUUCCCGGGAUGGUUGGAAGCAUCGAUUGUAUGCAUUGGAAGUGGAAGAAUUGCCCCAGCACUUGGAAAGGAAUGUAUUCACGCGGAACCGGAAAACCAACAUUAGUGUUGGAGGCGGUUGCUUCAUAUGACCUCUGGAUAUGGCACGCUUUUUUUGGAGCUCCAGGUACCAUGAACGAUCUUAAUAUUCUUGAUCGGUCACCUGUUUUUGAUGACAUUAUUAACGGGAUAGCUCCGGAAGUAAACUUCUAUGUCAAUGGAAGGGAGUACAAUUUGGCUUACUAUCUGACGGAUGGUAUUUAUCCAAAAUGGGCAACUUUUAUUCAAUCUAUCACACUACCACAGGGUCCCAAAAAUUCUUUAUUUGCUAAAAAACAAGAAUCCGUUCGAAAAGAUGUUGAGCGUGCCUUUGGAGUCCUGCAAGCUAGGUUUGCCGUUAUGAACGGGAUUCGGACACUGUUGAAGAAUUUCAAGAUGAAGAAUUUACAUUUACCGUAA